GGGGUCGAGUGCUGAUGAUAACCCUCCGCCCCCCCAGCGAUAGCAACGAGCGCUGAUUCUACAAUAGACAACCGUAGAAAUUCUUUCUCUCAAUUACAUUUGAUUGAAGCUCUCGUCCAUAACAAAAGCCGAGCGGGUCACUUGAGCUGGAGCAAUCGUGAUAUUACUACCAGCGAUCUCGUAUCAUCGGAAGAUUCGAAGCGCAGCCAUAUCUGAUGCGAUGGUAGUUGGAGCGCUGACUUUGGAAUCACAAGCCUUUGGAAGACAAAAGGCACAAUGGGCGCGGAUCAGCAGCAAGUUCUACCGCAGUCGCAUUCUCAAUACCAACAAUACCCUCAGCAAUUCCAGCCACCACCGCGAGUAAUUCCUUACAGCAAGCCAUGGCUGAUCACUAAAAUCAUUUUCUACUCGCUAUCCAUCAUUUUCAGUAUUGUUGUCCUCGGCAUUUCUAUCGCACUGGUUGUCGACCCAGGCAUCUACCAGAGCUACCAAAUCAUUUGGGUAGCUCCUCAAGCCGGUGUCGCACUCGUUUGGGACAUCGCGGAACUCAUCACGAUAUGUGCUCGAGGCAAAAAACGCGGCAUACAUCCAGGGGCGCACGUGGCUCUGCAUCUACUACUGUGGUUGGGCUUCUGUGCCGCUGUCGGGCUGUCAGCAUGGUUAGUGGCGUUCGAGCUUGAAUGUGACUAUUACUGCCGGUAUUACUACGACUAUGAAGACAGCUCUGGAUACCUUUCAGUUAUGCAGGCUGAAUUAGCAUUCCUGUCUCUUUUGCUUUUGGUGCAUUUCAUCCUGUUUGUGCGCGCCUGUGUUGAGACGCAUCAACGAAACGCGGUAGCUGGAACAGUGGUUAUGGUGCCGCAACAGAUGUAUUAUGCUCAGAAUUCGGCGCAAUAUCCCGUACAAACCAUGCCGCUCUUGCAACAAGGAUAUUCAACACUACCUCAACAGUCAAACUUGUCAGGUCACUACAACCAGCCACGAGAAAUCCAGAAGGAAUUUACAGGCUCGCCACAUGUCUCGCAACCAUCUGCGGCUCCCCACAUCAGAGAAGAUGGGCUGCACCCUCUUUCGCAGCACCCCCGGGUGUAGUAGUAAUCAAUUGAGGUGGUGUCGGGCCGUCGGGAUGGAGGUAUAUAAAUAUUGUGUGUGGAAAACAUCGACCGUUCGUUUAUGUAUCAAUCCCAUUAAAAACCUUUCUUCCGAGUGUUAUGCUUGCGGCCUCGAAUAGCCUUUGUGAGGCAUUUGUGAUCUUGACCACUGCGAGCCAAGUCCGCAAGUUGAGCCCAACAUCAUGGAUCAGAAGCGCUUACUACACCAGGGUCUGGACACAGUUGGCACUUAUAGCAGUAGUUGCGCUGGCCGCAAUGCGUGAAAUGAGACAUCCUCCACGAUAUCAUGAGGUUGU